GGUGGCUAUCACUUGUCUCAGCACAUUGGCUUAUUUUGAUGAUGAAAAUUUGAUCGUUGAAAUUAUUUUCAUUUCAUUUCAAAAAUUCAUUCGUAUUUUUAAUCUAGAAUUAUGUUUGGAGGUUCAAAUACUAGUUUUAAUUUUGGUCAACAACCGACGGCCACAACUUCGGCCAAUGCUUUUGGAACAACAUUUGCUUCGCCACAACAAUCAUCAACAACAUUUGGUGGAAAUAUUUUUGGUGGCCAAACAGCCAAUAUUAUUGGUACACCGCAACAACAACAAUCAUCAUCAUUAUUUGGACAACCAACUUCAACUCCUAUUGCAACGGCAACUGGCCAGCCGCAACAAACAGGUGGUAUUGGUGGUUUUAAUUUUUCAAGUCCAACCAAUACAUUCGCUAUCGGCUUUAAUCAACCACAACAACAAUUGGUGACAACUCAAUCAUCAUCAUCUGGAUUCGCAUUCGGUUCGACUGCACAACCAACAGCGUUCAGUUUUGCCAGUCCAACACAACAACAACAAUUACAACAACCAACAGUCGCUGUUCAACCAACAGUGUCAUCGAUUAUUUCACCGCAGACAAAUCAGCCAUCAUUGUUUGGUGGUCAACCAGCGAUCAACACAUCUGCUCCCACAUCAUCAUCAUCAUUCCUAUCUGGUGGAUUGUUUGGAACGAAAACAACAGCUACAUCGGCUACAGUUGGCUUUUCAAAUUUCGGCACAACAUCCUUUGGGUUGAAUCUUGGCAAUGCUAAUACCGCUGCAGUAGCAAGUCAACCACAACCUCAACAAUCAGUGCUAUUUGGACAACCACUGACAAGUACAACUUCUUCAACUUUUGGCGUUCCAACAACUUCCACUGUUAGUGGUAGCACUAUACUAGGUACUAAUCAGCCGACAACUUCGAUUGGCGGGGGUGGUGGUGGUAUUUUCGGUGCGGCUGCAUCUACUGCCCCUUCUACUGCUGGUCCAUUAUCAUUUGGUGGUACAACAUCAUUUUCUCGGUCAUCAAUAAUUACGACAACUUCUUUACCAACAUCUGGAUUCGGUUUUGCUAGUACAACAACACCAGCCACAAUAGCUCCUGCUGUAUCAAAACCAUUUCUGUAUCCCGCUUCUGGAAUACCGGCUAUCACACAAAUUCAAACGACAACGCCAGCAGCCGCAACAACAUCAGCAUCCACAUUUGGAUCUUCAUUAUUGACUGCAACAACAACUACGAAUACAACAACAUCCACAUCAGCUACUGGAGCUGUUUCUGGUUUCAAUUUUGGAUCAUCACAAACUUCGAAUACAGCAACAACUGCUGCUGCUGCUGCUAAUCCUUCGAUAUCUAAAUCAUUAUUUGGUACAACAGCGGCUACAACAACUACAACGGCAGCCACAACUACAACUGCGUCUAUUUCAUUUGGUUUGAAUUCAUCGGCUACAAUUACAACCACAUCAGCAUCAUCAUCAUCCAUAACUGCCAAACCGAAUACCGGAUUUGUUAUUACACCACUUUCCAGUAGUACGACAACAGCUGCCGGAACGGCUACCGCAACAACAACAACAACAAUAACCUCGGCACCCAUCACUACAGCCACAGUAUCAUCUUCGACAGCCGUAGCAUCAACACCUGCACAGCUAACUUUUGGCCAGCUCGAAGAUCAGAUAAACAUAUGGAUGAAUGAAUUGACACAAUUUGAAGUGGAUUUUCAUGAACAAAGCCAAACAAUAAAUUCAUGGGAUUCAUUAUUGAUUUCGAAUGGUCAAAAAUUGAUUGAAAUGGAUAAAAUGAUUGAAAAACUGAAUGUCUCACAUCGUGGAUUAGAUCAUCAAUUGGAUUUUAUUAUUGCGCAGCAAAAAGAAUUGGAACAAUUAUUGGAACAGGUUGAAGAUAAUAAAUUGGAUCUUGGUGCCAACAAUGUGAAUGCUGAACGUGAACAUACAUAUUCAUUGAUUGAAACCGUCCAUAAUGAUCUGAAUGCUAUUGGUGCGGAUUUGAAAGAUUUUAUAAAAAAAUUAAAUGAAACCAAAUCCACUAAUCAUGAUGCCGAUGAUCCAAUGAUACGGAUAUUAAAGCUACUCAAUUUACAUAUGGAUGUUUUACAAUGGAUGGAGAAUCAAAUUAAAAACAUUAAGGUUAAUUGAUUGAUUGAAUGAUUGGCAUCACACCAUCAUGUGAUAGUUGUAAUUAUGAAAAAUCAUACGAUUCAAUAAAAUAAUCAUUAAUCGGAUUUAUAAUUUUGAAAAUAUA